AUGGCGCCAGUCCCUAUGCCCUCAGCCCUGGGAUUCGAAUUGCUAGGAAAAUGCUCGGUCACAAAAGCACGCGCUGCCACUCUCCAUCUGCCCCAUGGCCCCGUACCCCUCCCCAUCUUCAUGCCCGUAGCCACACAGGCAUCUCUCAAGGGCCUCACACCUGAGCAAUUGGAAGACCAGGGUUGUCGCCUAUGUCUCAACAACACGUAUCAUCUAGGUCUCAAACCAGGACAAGCCACCCUCGACGCGAUAGGCGGCGCACAUAAAUUCCACCAACCUCUUGCUGACACCAGAAUGUCCAGCUUCCAAAUGGUUUCGCUACUGAAACUUGCCAAAGUCACAGAAGAAGGUGUGCGCUUUCUCAGUCCUCACGAUGGCUCGCCCAUGCUACUCACGCCCGAACAUUCAAUAUCUCUCCAGAACUCCAUUGGCUCCGAUAUCAUCAUGCAACUCGACGACGUGAUUGCGACUACCUCACCAGACCAUGCGCGCAUGAAGGAGGCCAUGGAGCGAUCAGUUCGCUGGCUUGAUCGUUGCAUCCAGGCGCACAUGUACCCUGAACGACAAAACCUCUUCUGUAUUAUACAAGGCGGGCUCGAUCUAGAAAUGCGCAGGGAGUGCACCGCGGAAAUGGUGGCGCGAGACACACCCGGCAUUGCCAUUGGCGGUCUUUCUGGCGGCGAAGAAAAAGAGUCGUACUGUGAAGUCGUCAAGACUUGUACAAGUCUGUUGCCAGAGAAGAAGCCUCGUUAUGUCAUGGGCGUUGGCUACCCAGAGGAUCUAGUCGUAUCCGUCGCUCUCGGCGCAGACAUGUUUGACUGUGUCUGGCCUACCAGAACAGCUCGCUUUGGCAACGCCAUAACAGCCAAAGGCAUGCUCAACCUGCGCAACGCAGUCCACUCUGAAGACUUCAGGCCCAUCGAGCCAGGCUGCCAAUGUACCUGCUGCCGGCCCACUGCAGACGGCGGUCUAGGAAUCACACGGGCAUAUGUAUAUCACGUUACUGCCAAGGAAACAGCGGGAGCGCAUCUCCUGACUAUGCACAAUGUGCACUAUCAACUCAACCUCAUGCGCUUGAUUCGCGAAGCUAUUGUGGAAGAUCGGUAUCCGGGGUUUAUAAAGGGCUUCUUUGGGAGGUUGUAUGACGGUGACAAGACGAGGUAUCCUGGGUGGGCUGUUGGUGCCUUGAGGGGGGUCGGAGUGGAUUUGAUGGAUGGCUGA